AAGAUACGAGCCUGAAACACUCAUGGGCGAGGCACUCCUCGAACGGCCUGAUAUCGUUCGCAGUCAUUUCAGAAUUCAGUGUUUUUCUCGGAUUCUAUAAGUUUCGACCCCUUGGACUACGCUUCAUCUCAACGAUCAGCAACCCUCACUUUCUGUUUUACGUCUCGUGGCGAUGCAGUUCCGCUGCGGUCAGAAGAUUCUUAUCAAUGUUGUCCUCCCGGGGGCUUUAUGAUGCCACUGGUUUAUGCACUUAUAACGAAACUAUCGGACUUGCAGCUACUCGGAGAAACUGACAACGAAUCCUUCGAUGCGAAUCCCAUUCUUUCCUGAUUGUCGUGAAGCAUUCAUGCACAAUCAUGAUCAUCCAUUGUUCGACGUCAAACGCGGUAGCCUGGCAGCGUCGGAUGGCAGGGACAGAAGCGCAUGGAUGCGGACAAGGUACGGCCCGUGUUCCUUUGCUUCGUUCUGCUUCGAAUCCUGCUCGCCGCUCUUUGCUUUCUCCUUUUUGGUCUAUCUAUUUCUUUCCGCCCUCACCCGCCGCGCGCGAUGCAGGGUCGCUCUUUUCUUUCGUUUUCUGGAUCGCUGGGUCGCCUACUGGUCUUGGGGGGCUUGGCUGCCGCUGCUGGAGCCAAAGUAGUACCAGUUCUACAGCCGGGAUUCUUCUUCGACUACACCCCUCCCGGCCAGUCGCCGCUUAUACCGAUCACGCACCCUCGUCCUCGACAGGCACUCAUACAUCCACCAGACGGUGCACCGGGACCCAAUCCGGUGGCACCUUACUCGAUGGUGGUGUUUACCUCGUGGGUUGUGUCUUACGCCGGAAACCUCGAUUUCAAUCUGUGCGACAGGAAAUCCAUCACACCUUUCACAAUCGACGCCGGGAACGGCUUGUCGUUUGACUGGCAGGUUCCAUUUAGUCCGGGAACUCAGUAUCAGAUCUGCAUGUGGGACAGCAACGGGACACCCGGAGGUUGCGAAGCUAUGUAUACUGUCAUUCAGAAUUCCACGGUCGCAACGCCUCAAUGCCACAAUGUCACCUUUCCCACUCUUCUGCAGGUCGAAACACAGCAGACUGCUGCUCCAGGUGGUCCUAUCUCUCAAUUUGGAUUCAUUGAUCAGUGUACCGAUAUUCUUGUGACACCAAAAUCUGGGAAACCGCCAUUUACGUUUUCAGUAUAUCCGCCUUUACAUCCUGCUUUCAACAUCACUUCCAACUCCAUGGAUACCAUCGACUGGACGAUCUCACUGCCCUGGUCUUAUCCUUUCUUCAUUUCUCUUUCGAGCGCUGAUGGACAAAUGUGGUCUAAUGGACCUCUCCAUGCCGGAGGAUUCGGACCGACGGAUUGCUUGGCUCCGAAUACCAUGCCGAUUGGAAAAGCCCAAUCGAUUGCAGCUGCAGCCGGAUUCGGCGGUGCCCUGGGAGCAUUUGCCCUCGGGGGUGUCGUCGCCUUCCUCUAUCUGCGCUACCGCCGUCUCCCGCCACCGCAGAUCGACGCGUUUGUCCACGACUCGGUCACCUCCCGCAGCGAUUUCAGCGGCGCGUCGCGGAACAGGUCGGACUCGCAUACCACGAUGAGCAGCCUCGGCGCUUCUUCGGAUAUCCGGCGUGGCCGGACGUAUGUGCUGCACCACGACGCCGGCCGGGCACCCGUCACGGUGAUCACCGACUCGGAGGAGGUCGUCGAGCUCCCGCCGAGAUACCACAAUGGGGUGGUUCCUGGUAGUAGAGGCUCGGAUGUCGCGGGUGGGAGCGCAGACGGGUUACCGAUGCGCGACAAACCCCAUCCGCCCCUUCCCGUGACCCCCUCGACAUCGGUCAACUCGGGUUCAUUUUUGUCGGCUUCAUAUUUGGGACCGCCGUGACAGAUUGCGGCAAGGCCUGAGGCCUUGGGUUGAAGAACAUACUUUUAUCUAUUUGAGUAGACGAGUGAAUUCACAGAAAGUCUGGGUCUGCUGCA